CGGGGCCUGCAGGGCGAGGCGAGGCGCUGCGAUGGGCGAGGAGCGGCGGCCGGUCGCGCUGCACUCCUUGCCGGGUGGCGUGCGGGCCUUGCUGCGCUCUGCCGUGACGGUGCCGACGCUCGGCCGCUGCCUGGAGGAGCUGCUGCUCAACAGCCUGGCGGCCGGCUGCGGCUGUGCGGCGGCGCGCGUGCACGCGCAGGGCGGGCGCGUGCAGGUGGCGGACAACGGCGCGGGGCUGGAGCGCGCGGCCGCGGAGCUGGCGGGAGCGCGCUACCACAGCGGGCGCGCGGCCCGGCCUGAGGCGGGGCCCGGCCACACACAGGGCCCUGGAGUAGGGCCCGGGGCCUGGGCUGAGGCGGAGCCUGCUGUAGGACCCGGGGCCGGGCAGGAGAGGGGGCCCGGGGUGGCUCUAGGGCUCUGGGGUGGCGAGGGCGCUGGGGCCUGGGCUGGAGAGUGGGCUGGGCCUGGUGGUGGAGAGAGCAGUGGGUCCUGGGCUGAGGCUGACGUGGGCCCGGGUUGCCGUGGCGAGGCCCUGGCCAGCAUUGCUGACCUGUCGUCCGUGCUGGAGGUAGUGAGCAGGCCUAAGGGUGGGGGCAGCCAGACCUGGGUCAAGCUGUUCCGGGACGGUCAAGCACGGCCAGUGUACGAGGCAGAGACUCCGCGGCCCAGCCCCGGCACCACUGUCACGGUGUGCGGCCUGUUCCACCGCUUGCCGGUGAGGAGCCGCCGCAUGGGGCAGGGCCUGGAGUGGGAGCAGAUCCGCCACAGGGUCCAGGCCCUCAGCCUCCUGCACCCGGGUGUCUCCUUCACCGUGCGGAACGAGGCCUCUGCCGCUGCCGCCGGCUCCCUGGUGGUACGGCUCCCCAAAGCCAGCAACGUGCCAGCUCGCUUUGCUCAGAUCUACGGGGCGCAAAAGGCGGCAGCUCUGGGCCCUGUCCAGCACUCUAAUGGCCACUUCCUCAUGAGGGGCUACAUCUGCCGUGAGGGCCACCACACCAAGGCCCAGCGCCUGAUCUUCAUCAACGGGCGGCUGGUGCUGAAGACGCGUGUGCACAAGCAGCUGGACCUGCUGAUCCACCGGCACAGUGCAAUCUGCAGGGCAGGCCCAUGCAUUGGCACCCGUGCAGCCUCUGACCUGCACCCUGUCUACAUCAUCAACAUUAGCUGUGGCCAUAGCCAGUACGAUGCGUGCUGGGAGACUGGGCGCACCCUGCUGGAGUUCACCGCGUGGGACCUGCUGCUCAGCUGUCUGGAAGAGGGGGUCCGUGCCUUCCUGUCCAAACACCAACUACUGCUGGACCCCUCUGAGGAGCAACAAACUCUCCAGCUGCCUACACUCAACCCACAGCCAGCGUUCAUUAAUGAAAGGACAGCAGUGCAGUCGAAGUGUGUGCACAGGCAAGCUGCUGUACCAGACACUUCUCAGGAGGAUGCUGCCACUGUUGAGAAGGAUGGGGCAUUGGAUGUGGAAGGUGAAGAACCUUUGGGCACUGCCCCACACUCUACUGAAGCCCCAAGAUGUCACCGGCACAUUGCUGGUCAGCAGACAAAUGUGUGUGGCGUGACCCCAUGUGAUAGCCCCCUGGGCAAAGUAAGUGUGUGUGACAGUCCUGAGACCCAGCGGGCAGAGGAGGAGCACAGCACACAGAGCGUGCUGGCACAAGGAGAUGGCAUUCAGCAGCUUGCUGCUGCUUAUGAGAGUGAGACCUCGUCACCGGGAGAGGGGGUGCAGGGAGCAGCAGGGGACACUGGUGGCUCACAGACAGGGCAGGGAGGGGUAUCGGGAAAGCAGGCACACGGGAAGGUUCAGGGAGUUGGAGUGGAACUUUGUGUCACAGGUCUCAUAACCCAUGUCAUCCCCAAGCAGAUGAAAGCGUGUGAGCUUGCAAACACAAGCUCUGUGGACAGUGACCUCUGCCACCCAGGUCCCAUGAGUGCCUGGGAUACUAACGAGAGGUUGAAGAAGGGACAAAGGCAGCUCUCGUCUGGGGGCAGAGCGCUAUGGAGCACCACCAGGAAAAUCCCACCCCAAACACGUGUGAAUAAAGGUCAGGAAAUUCCGAGUAGUUGGCAGUCUCACGAGGUUGCUGAAUCUAUGAUCACACCUGGGAUGGGCUUGGCACCGGAGUCCAGGAGCAGAGAUGCUGCUAGCUGUGUCUAUGCUCAGGCCAGGUUCCACAGAAAGCUGAGCAUGCCUCCAAUUACCGGAUCAUUGGAUGCCUUCAGAAGGGAAUACGCAAAGGGUGGUGGUCAGGACAGAGGCAGCUCCUCCCAAGGCACUGUGCUAUCUCACCGCGAUCCCAACAUGACAUCCCGACUCGAGAAUGUGACAGGAAUCAAAGAGGCAGGAAAUGUGAAGCAGGCUCGGUGCACUGAUAACACCCAGACGGAGAGUUUACUGCACGACCAGCCUGGCUAUGAUGGGUUUCUUACGACUUUGUGUUCUCGUGACAUCAGCUUGACAGCUGAACAUGUACCCAAAGUAUUGCCCAGUAAUAUUGCCCCACCUACUCAUUCACAAACCAAGAACCUUGAACCAAGAACCUUGGCUGCAAAGUUGUCCAGAUUAAAACAUGGCCAAUGUGAGGGAGAGAAGAAUUACGAGCCCACUGUUGGGAGUUUGGCAGACUGUUCUCCUCUGUGCCGGAGCUCCUGGAGGCUGCUGCAACUGGGAGAGGAAUCAGCAACAUGUUCACCUCCAGAACCAAUCCUCUCAGCAGCAGCAGAGUCUGAAAAAGGUGUCGGUCGAGAGGAGUGUCAGGAAAGCUGCACUGAAAGAGAAAGCACCCUUGCUGUGAUUCACAGAGGGCCUUGUCCAGGGACAUUGUCUGGUGCUGUAACUGAAGUUGGGACCAGUACACAGACUCAGCUGCACAUUGAUGACCAGGCCCACAGUGAUGGAGCCGUUGAAGCGAACAACCAAUCGGUUGGAGACUUGGUGGUGAGGCGGGAGGAAUCUGACGCCACAUGUAUUCACCCAGGAGCGUUACCUGAUGGGGCAGAGGUUUGUGUGGAGACCUGUGAAGGUGAUGCUUGGGAAGGUUUAGCUUCAAAAUGGCUGCAGUACUUUGAUGGGUCUGUGGGGAAGACAAUGUAUGUGAACAAUGCGACUGGAGUGAGUUGUUACGACCUUCCAACAGAACCCCAGACUCGAGCCGCUUGCACUAAAGACUUCACAACCAUGGCAGUGAAUGUCCUCACAAAGACUGGCUGCCCCUACAGGUGCUACCCAUUCCGCAGUCAGACUUUGCUCCCCUUCCUGCCGCGACCACGCGACGAGAGGCAUGGAGCCAGUGAUGGGAGAGAUGCUGUGUUGGGAUCGAGUGACUCGCUGCGUUCCAUGUUUCUGGAGUGGAAGAAUCCUGUCUUUCUGCGGGCCCCAGAGGUUGCUGUUGAUGUCGGGAGUGUGCACAUGGACAGUUUAGCAGUGAAGAUCCACAACAUCUUGUAUCCCUACCGCUUUACAAAGGACAUGAUCAGAUCAAUGCAGGUCCUUAAUCAGGUGGACAACAAGUUCAUUGCCUGCUUGAUAAACACCAGACUGGACAAAGGGACUGUAGGCAGUAACUUGCUGGUAUUGGUGGAUCAGCACGCUGCUCACGAGAGGGUGCGUCUGGAACAACUCAUCUCAGACUGCUACGAGUUGGUGCCGGGUCAGUGUGGCCGCAAGAGGCUGACCACAUCGACCGUCUGUCCACCCAUGGAGAUCCCCUGCUCUCCGGACGAGGCCAGGCUGCUACGGCUACACCUGGAUCAGUUGGAGGUUGCUGGCGUGGAGCUGGAGUUGGGAGAGGCUGUGGAUGCGGGCGUAUUUGUGAAGAGGGUGCCGGCCUGCUUCGUGCAGAGAGAAGCUACUGAGGCUCGAAGAGGACGACAACCCGUCACUCAAACCAUAGUGCAGGAGUUCCUCAGAGAACAGAUUGAGGUGCUCCAGACCAGGGGAGGUGCCCCCGCCGUGCUGUCACGGACCAUGCUGAAGGUGCUCGCCUCACAGGCCUGUCACGGGGCGGUGAAGUUUGGCCACGGUCUGAGUGUGGACGAAUGCAGCAGCCUGAUGGGUUCUCUGGCCAGCUGUCACCUGCCCUUCCAGUGUGCACAUGGCCGGCCCUCCAUCCUCCCUCUGGCAGACCUGGAUCACCUGAAUCACCUGGACAUCAACCACCAGGUUGAACACAGACCUAACUUACAGAAGCUGCGGACAGCGUGGACACUGUGGACGGGCUGUAAAGCUGUUCAAUGAUUGCACGGAGCUGAGAAACCUGGAGCUGUGCUGUACCAGCCUGCUGCUUUGGUAUGAAAUGGGCAAAGGCCCAGUGUACCACCCUGAGGCUGCACGGGUAUCUUGACCUCUUGGCCACCAUGAUCUUUCAACGUGUGAUACUGGAGGUAGGAACACGUUGCCUCCUGUGUGUGUGUGUGCGCACUUUGUAACUGUUUUAUUCCAACACUAUUUAUUCUAAUAAAUGAAGCUGCUUUACUGU